GUCCAUCCGAUCGCCAGCUCGAAUCCCUCAUUGUGUUCGCCCAACCGCGCUGCAACCUGUGCGAAAUGGCAACGGCUCAGAGCUCAUCCAAGAGCGGCACCCCCCGCAGAGUCGGUCUGAACGUCCCGUCGUUGUCGAUGCUUUCCCCAAAGGCGCCACCACGACGUUGGCGAGAAUCGAUUGCCUUCCGUCAGCCAGAGCUUUACGGCACGGACCCGCUGUGGUUUGCUGUUCGCAGUGGCAAUCUCUUUAAGCUCGAGCAGGCCCUGCAUGGAUACAAAGCGCCGAGCAUGCCUGGCAGCGACAUCAAGUCUCUCCUGCUGCAGCGAGGCCCCGAAGGCGAAACCAUUCUACAUACCGCCAUUCUCUUCAUCGACGAUGGUGCCGGAAAUGUGCCUGACGACGCCGACGCCAUCGACUCGACUGAUCAACUGCACUUCCACCAGGACACCAUCAAGGACGAGUCUGGGAAUCAUCGCGCCGUCGCUCGAUACAUUGUUCGCCACUACGGAGGCGAUCUGAUCAACCAGCCGUACUUGGGGUUCCGAUACUACGGCGAGAUGCCACUCCAUCUAGCUGUGGUCAAGAACGACCUGAACAUGACUCGGUUCCUGGUCCGGCACGGCGCCAACAUCAACUGUGAUCCCGUGAGCGGCUACGAGUUUGACGCCGACGAUGCCAAGAGCCGCAAAUGCUCAAGAGAGUACAAAUCAGGAUACAUGUACUAUGGUGGGACUGUACUAUCAUUUGCUGCUGUAUCUGGCCAUUCCAAGAUUGUUCAAUUUCUCCUGGAUAAUGGCGCCGAUCCGUGCAAACAGGACUAUCUUGGAAACACCGUCAUGCACGUCUUGGCCUAUUGGGGCCUCUUUACUGGAUCCCAAGAUGGGUCUUCGGAGAGCUGUUGGAGCAUCAUCGAUAAGCACUGCGCCAAGGCGAUUGAUCCCAGCCACCAUCCCAACAAGAUUCGAAACCACUUUGGCCAGACGCCAUUUCUGGUCGGCAUCGACCGCGGACACAAAGCUGUCCUAGACUUGAUCAAAGUUCCGCUCUGGAAGUUUGGCAUGUGCUCGUCGUACAUGUUCCCUGUCGAUGAAAUCGACACCUGGCGCGAUCCCAUGGAGCCAUCGUCGCACUUCCACACUUAUGUCACGCACUGCAACUCGCACAAGAUCACCCACACGGUGCGGAUCAAGUCCGCCCUCGAGAUUGCGAUCGAGAACGAGGACACCGAGCUUCUGAUGCAUCCCGCUCUGAACCUGGUGCUCAGGGUCAAAUGGGAAAAGUUUGUCAAGCGCUACUUUUUGGCCGAUCUGAUCUUGUACCUCGUGACGAUCGUGUGCAUCACCCUGUCGAUCGCCUUUCUGCCGUCGGACCACAGCCAGUGGACAAACUACUCGAUCAAUCCGUAUCCGCGGCUGAUACUUGAGUGCGGCGCGCUCGCCGGGGCCACGAUUAUGGUCCUCAAGGAGCUUGCCGAGAUGUACAUUGAAUCGUUUGGGCCAUACUGGUCGUUCACUGGCUGGACCGAGAACCUCUCGACUUGGGUCUUUGUGGCGAGCACGGCCGUGGUCGGGGCCCUUCGAUAUGCACCAAUCAGCGACCCCAUCUUGCACGCCAAGAUCGACACCAUCGCGAUCGGGAUCCUGGCCUUUCUGGGGUGGAUGCUGCUGCUGUACUUUGCCAAGGGGUUCCCCAAGAUCGGAACGCUGGCGAUCAUCUUCUUCCGCAACAUCUUCCACGAUGUGCUCUCGUGGCUGUGCAUCUACUCUAUAUUUCUGCUGGCCUUUGCCCAGACGUUCUAUUUGCAGAUGAGGAACUCGGGCAUGGCCAAGUGGAAUGACUAUUUGACAGCCCAUCUGUCCCUGUUCGAGUUCCUCUUUGGUCUCGCCAACUUUGACGACUUUCAGCAGAGCGAUACAAGCUCAUACACGAUAUUCGUGUAUUUUAUGUACCAGCUGUCUAUCGCCAUCAUGCUCAUGAACUCGCUGUACGCCAUGGUCAACAGCACCUUCUCCCAGAUUUACGACGAUGCUGCCAAGCAGUGGCAUUACCAGUGGUCCACCCUGAUUGUCCAGCAAGAUCGCCGCAUCCCCAACCUCAGCGACCAGGGUGAGAGCAAGCAGCGAUUCUUUCUGCUUGGAUACAUCUUUCCGGGCAAGCAUCGUCUCGGGACUACCAUCCCUUCGACACAGGCCGAUGGGUCCAUGAUCCACAACGACACAAGACAGUGCUUCAUUGUGCGUGAGCGCUUGUCACCCGUGCUCGACAGCCAAGGCAAGGCCGACGAGUCCAAGCCGCCGGUGCUGACCCCGGUAAAGGUCAUUGUCAGCGAAGACGAGUACCGAAUUCCAGCGAGGCCGAUCGAAGUUUGGAACAAGUGGGUUUUGUCGGACGCCGAGACGGGCGACGAGCUCAAUGCCUCAAAGUUCACGCUGCAUGCGAACGAGCACCACCGCCAGCACAACAGCGGGCACUGCUCUUCCUCCAAUCGCCUCUCUAUCCGAAACAACCCCGUCAUGAAGAUCAUGAGUACGUUCGAGGAGACGGACGAUAUCUCGUCAAAGUCACCCGUUUGAAGCAGCCUGCAAAAUCGAUGAGAAGUGUCGUGACUCUUGUGGGGGGAAGUGAGGAGGAGACAAGAGGGGUGGAGGAAGUUAUCAAAUCAAUAUUCCAGCACACACACAAACACAAAAACAACGAAACUGGAGACCGAGCUGCUACA